ACUUAUCUUCCAAAUUUUAUUCCAAAAAAAGAAAAGUUAUUAAAAAUAAACAAAAAAAAAAAUGGAUACAGAAGAAUUAGAUAUACUCGAUAUAUUAGCAUAUAAUUCUGAUAAAUUAUUAAAUGAAUUUGCUAAUUUAGAAAAUAAUGAAAAUGAACAAAAUCAACUCAUACAAUCCUAUCUCAAUAAAAAUGCACAAAGUAAAAUUGAAGCUGUUGGUGAUUUUGAGAAAGAUUUAGAUUGGUUCAAUGUCACUGAACCCAUUAACAUUGCCGAACUUAAAGGCAAAAUUGUCAUACUUGACUUUUUUACUUAUUGUUGCAUCAAUUGCAUGCAUAUUUUGCCCGAUCUAAAAUCAAUUGAAGACUCUUUUCCUGUGGAAAAUGGAGUUGUUGUCAUUGGAGUUCAUUCUGCCAAGUUUGAUAAUGAAAAAGAUUCCUCAAACUUGCUAUCGGCAAUACAACGAUAUAAUAUUACUCAUCCAAUUGUUAAUGAUUCCACUUCGAGUAUGUGGACAAAAUUAAAGAUCAAAUGUUGGCCAACUUUGUUCCUAAUAUCUCCAACUGGUUAUCCUUUACUCGUUUUAAUGGGUGAAGGUCAUGGACAGUUUUUAAAGAGAUUCAUUGCGGCUGCCAUUGAUUUUUAUGGUGCCUCUGAUGAUUUAGAUGGUUCCGCCUUGCCCAUAAGUCCCUCGACUAAUUUAACAAGUGCCUCGAAUCUAAGAUUUCCAAGUAAAAUCUGUUGUCGCACCAAGACAGCAGAUCAAUGCGAGUUAAUCGCUAUCUCCGAUUCUGGGAAUCAUAGAAUUCUGGUUUUGAAUAGCAAUGGACAUGUCUUGGAGAAGAUUGGUGGCUUUAAGUCGGGUUUUCGGGAUGGCGAUUUUAAUACUGCCCGAUUUAAUUCCCCUCAAGGUUUGGCAUUUAUCAAUAGCGACGAAUUGGUUGUGGCUGAUACUGAAAACCAUGCAAUAAGAAAAAUUUGCUUUAGAGAAAGACUAGUUUCCACUAUUGCUGGAACUGGUGAACAAGGGAAUGAUAAAAUUGGUGGUUUGGCGGGACAGAAACAAAAACUCUCUUCGCCAUGGGAUGUUGUUUCAUUUAAAACACGAGAUAUGGAUAUGUCAUUUCAUGUGGAUGAGAAAAGUGUCCACGAAAAAAAUGUCAUCCUCAUCGCCAUGGCUGGAACACAUCAAAUAUGGGGUAUAUUCUUGGAUGGUAUUAUUUGGUGGAAAUUUAAAAAGUAUGAACCUUUAACAUGUGCUGCUUUAAUUGGCAAUGGAUCGGAGGAGAAUCGGAAUAAUUCUUAUCCACAGAAUGCUGCAUUUGCUCAACCGUCGGGGAUGUCUUUGAUGAAGGAUGUACUGUUUAUUGCGGAUAGUGAAAGUUCGAGUAUAAGGAAGGCUUCGAUGAUUGAUGGGAAAGUUACGGCAGUUGUUGGAGGGGAUAGAAAUCCACUGAACUUAUUUGCUUUCGGCGACAACGAUGGAAAACAAUACUCGGCAAAAUUACAACACCCUUUAGCUGUAGCUUAUAAUAACAUUGAUGGAUAUUUGUAUGUCGCAGAUACUUAUAAUCACAAAAUCAAACGUGUCGACGUCACAACUAAUGUCAUCGAAACCUGUCCAAUUCGUGAAAAGGACAAUAACAAAGAACUAUUCCAAUUCAAUGAACCUGGUGGUCUUUGUGUAGGAUCAAGUGGAAAACUAUUAUACAUCGCCGAUACUAAUAAUCAUACUAUACAAAUUGUUGACUUGGAAACUAUGUUAACAUGGCCAUUGCACAUUAAAUUUAAUUUAAAUUGCAAUGACGAACCUAGAGGAGAACCGAUUACAACUUUGGAAAAAACUAUUCGAGUUAGUAAAAAAUGUGAGCUGGUUCUCGAAUGCAUUUUAUCACUUAAAAAUGGUGCUAAACUGACAGAGAGUGCACCUCAAAAAUGGAAACUGAUUUUGCCAGAUAGCGGAUAUUCAACUGAAUCUGCAUCAGGGCAAAUAACUGAUGGGAAAUUUAAUAUUUCGAUUAAUAUUAAUAAAAGUGAUGGUAGCUUAGAAAAAUGUGCACGAUUGCAUUGUCAAUUGAACAUAUGCAGUGGUAGUAUUUGUAUGCGUAGAGAAUUUGUGACUAUUCUUAAUUUUGUUCAAGAUUCAGAUGUGAAUAGAAAAGUCUGUGAAAAUUUGAUGUUUUGUAUUAGUCCUGAUGAUGUACGCUUGUUAUGAUUAAUAAAUAUUUAAUA